AUGGAUUCCAGCGUCCAUAAAUUCUAUCCUAUACACGGCUUUGAUUCUAGAGAAUAUCUGGAAACAUAUUUAACUAGCAAACCAGACAUGAUCUUUGGAGACGAUUCAAUUAAAUUUCCAAUGGAAUGGUUACACCGUGCAUUCAGUGAGGGUCACAUUAAGGGAGACCUUUUAAUUGACGUCAGUGCUGGAUCCUUCAUUCAUCAUCUGUAUACAGCCAGUGGAUAUUUUAAACAGAUCCUUGUGUUGAAGUGCUCUGAGCAAUGUAUUAUGGAGCUGAACAAAUGGAUUAACACACGUACCGGAGCAUUUGAUUGGUCUCACGUAAUGGAAUAUAUUAAAUGUACAGAAGAAAACAGUGAACAAUGUCAGGACAAACACAUGAGUUUGAAGAUGGCAAUAACAAAGAUCAUGAAAUGUGACAUUGACAAUGAGAAUCUCACAGACCUGGAGGUGCUCCCACCAGCAGACUGUGUCAUCAGUACAUUGAUGUUGGAUUACAUCAGCAAAGACCAAGAUGAUUAUUUAAGUAAUUUCAGAAAAUUUGUGAAGCUACUAAAACCUGAAGGACACCUGAUAUUGUUUGGGCUUUUAAAUACAACGUAUAUGGUGGUUGGGCAGGACAAGGUACAUAUGUUCAGAUAUGAUGAGAAAUUUGCAAGAAAAGUUCUCACUGAUGAAGGGUUUGUUAUUGACCACUGUGCAGUCCAGAAAAGAACAGCAGUGAGUGACCUUACUGACUAUGAGGCUGUUAUAUUUAUCACCGCUCAUAGAGAGUAA